AUGCUCAACAUCCUCUCCCGAGUGGCGAAUGAUAUGCCCAGAGAUAGCAUGCCUCUAGGCGGGGGUGAAAGUCCAAGCCUGCCGUUUGAUCGAGAAAGGUUUCUGGACUUGUACCAACAAGCCUCGGGCACGUUGGACCCUGAUCCUUUCAUGGGUAUGGCCGUGCUGGAGCAAGGGCUCGACCAGCUGUUCGGAGGGCAAGAACAGGAUACGGAUAUCAAACAAGGGGAGGAAGGGAUCUAUGCGAGGAUCGACCAGCCCAGAAGAGACCUCGAGCCGCAUUUGGAUCCUGUCACCAACGGCCUUAUUACCGAGAGGGAAGCAAGAGACUUGUUGUCUGUCUACUGGUCGAGAUGCCAUCCCAUCACACGCAUCCUUGAUCCCAAAAUCCACACAAUGGACUACAUGCGCGCUACCUCGUGCGGUCUCUUUACCUCGGUCCUCCAAGUCGCCGCGCAGUGUUUGCCCGUGUCACAACACUCGGCUGGGAUUGUAGCGAGGCUUGAUAACCAUAUUGACACCCUCUACCAAAUCAUCGCCAGAAAAGGCAUGCAGUCGCUGGAGCUCUGUCAAUCGAUGCUGAUACACAACGCCUACAUCCGAGCAAACAAGCAGCACCAGACUUGGCCCAACGUAUCCAUGUCAAUCGGCAUGGCCCUCGAAACUCGUCUCGAAAUCAACACUCUCCCCGCUUACAUGUUUGACGACCCCAUCUAUGCCCACAUAUCUCCCGAGAGGAAGAGGAGGAAUAUACAGAGAUUCUGGCUGGUCUUGACAGACUCUGACAGAAAGAUGAGUUUCAUCAGAGGCCGACGACCAUUGUUGAGAGACAAUGUGAUCCCCUCCAUGCUCAAUCUCGAAAAGUGGUACCAAGAAGCAGAUGCUCUGCCUUGCGACGUCGUCAGCUGCUCCUCCUACGCUUUCCAAAACUCUGUGGCUACCUUACAACGCAAUAUACAACGCACCAUGGUCUCGCAGUCGGCAUUCACGUUCGAGAUGCACAUGAAGCGAGUGGACGAUACGCUGAAUCAAUGGCGCAAGACUUGGUACAACCGUCUCUCAAGAGAUGACCAGAUGCGAGCGGAACAUGACCUUCGUGCUACCCGUUUCGCCCUGCUCAUGACGCCUUACGAACACCGUCUGAACACGGGCGAGAUGAAGGAGAUCGAGCACGACGAGUGCCUCGUCGCGGGCCUCGACCUGUGCAAAGAUGCCAUCCCCUUUCUCGGCGGCGCAGUACAAAACAUCACCCCUGGCAGGCUGUACCUCGUCGGCUACGUCUCCCUCUGUACCCUGCGCAUCAUGGACGCCACCCGCAAGAACGAGGGCGGCCAUACUCCCGAUAUCAGCGUAUUCCACCUCUCCAUCCUCUCUGCCCUUUCCUCCCGCCUGCGGGAUAUCAAGGCGCAUUCCAACAUUGCUGUGAUAGGCUCAGUACUCGGCCGCAGACUGUUGUGCGCGUGCAGAAAGGUGGCAGCGAGCACACUGGGUGUGGCGAUGGACAUGCCAACGCCCAUAUCGGAGGACGCCCUCAAUCUCUUGGGACAGGAUAUCCCUGGACCUGGGUCGACGGAUCUUUCAGGGAUCGUGAGGGGCGAUGUGCCCGAGUCGCUUGGAGGUAUCGGGUCUCUGGGACCAUUGGAUCUGGCGUUUAGUUUCGACUUUACGCAUCUGGGUGAUAUCAACCCCUUCUUGGAGAAUGAUUUCACCGACUUUCCGUCGAUCCCUUUCGCACCAUUGCCUCCGGCGUACUAG